GUGCGCACACACGACGCGCACCACAGUACAGGAUGGACUCGUCUCAGUCUCUCCUUUACCUUUCGCGCUGCUGCAGCCAGCUGUAGUUUGGUGGGAGUUCUGGGGAAGGAGCUGGAACUGAUCCUGAGUCUGCCGUGUCUCCUUUUCUUUGUCCCCUCCUCACUGAUUUGCUUCUGUCGCCUCCUCUCAGAGCCGCUCUUCCGACAUGGGACUGCGUUUGCAUCUGCUGCUUUUGCAGUACUAUUUUGUGUCGAGUUUUGUGUGUAACGCCGUGGCCUUCGUGGAGGAGCCGUUAGCGGGCAGGACGGACGGGUACUGCGGUCGGAUCCUGCGGGCACAAAUCCAGGGGACCCGUAAGGACGGGCACCAUGAGUUCCGGCUCAGAGUGGAGGGACACCCGGACACUUACCAACCCGGCAGAACCUACAGAGUGGUCCUUCUGGCUGACAGCCCCGCUUAUUUCAGAGGUUUCUCCCUCAUCGCGCUGAAGGAGGGCAGAGAGGGCACCACGGAUGAUGACUACACCGGCCAGUUCCAGCUCAUUGAUGAGGACGACACACAGUUCAUGACCAACUGUCCUCCUGCGGUGACAGAGAGCACACCACGACGACGCACCAGGAUACAGGUCUUCUGGACAGCACCACCUACUGGUACCGGCUGUGUUAUACUAAAGGCCAGCAUUGUUCAGAAGAAAAUCAUCUACUUCCAGGAGGAAGGUUCGCUCACUGUGCGGCUCUGCGAGAAAGAGUCCGUGUACGGUGUAGCUACGGGACCUCCGGCUAUAGAGUGCUGUGCCUGUGGAACUGCCAAAUACAGACUCACCUUCUACGGGAACUGGUCCGAGAAGGUUCAUCCCAAAGACUAUCCCAGACGAGCCAACCACUGGUCAGCUCUGAUUGGUGCGUCCCACUCCAGAGGCUACGUGCUGUGGGAGUACGGCGGCUAUGCCAGCGAGGGAGUCUGUCAGGUGGCUGAACUUGGCUCACCGAUCAAAAUGGAAGAAGAGAUUCGACAGAAGGGCGAUGAAGUUCUGACUGUCAUUAAAACGAAGGCUCAGUGGCCGGCGUGGCAGCCGCUCAACCUGCGAGCAGCUCCCUCAGCAGAGUUUUCAGUGGACCGGACGCGUCACAUGAUGUCCUUCUUGACCAUGCUGGGACCAAGUCCUGAUUGGAAUGUGGGCUUAUCAGGAGAGGACCUUUGCACCAAGGAGUGCGGCUGGGUCCAGAAGCUGGUGACCGACCUGAUACCCUGGGAUGCAGGGACUGACAGCGGCGUCACGUAUGAGUCACCAAACAAACCGACAAUCCCUCAAGAGAAGAUCAGACCUUUGACAAGUUUGGACCACCCCCAGAGCCCCUUCUACGACCCAGAAGGAGGAGCAAUCACUCCACUGGCCAGGGUGGUGGUGGAACGCAUCGCUAGAAAGGGAGAACAGUGUAACGUGGUGCCAGACACCAUCGACGACAUCGUGGCGGACAUUGGACAGGAGGAGAAAGAGGAAGAUGACACUCCAGAGACAUGUAUCUACUCCAGCUGGUCUCCCUGGUCGGCGUGUAGCAGUGCGACCUGUGAAAAAGGUCGUCGGAUGAGGCAGAGGAUGCUGAAGGCCCAGCUGGACCUCAGCGUGCCGUGUCCCCACACUCAGGACUUCCAGCCCUGCAUGGGUCCAGGAUGCAGCAUGGAGGGGGGGACAGAGCCAUCCACGUGCAUGAUGUCCGAGUGGAUCAGCUGGUCGGCCUGCAGCGUGUCCUGUGGGAUGGGGAUGAGGUCCAGGGAGCGUUACGUCAAACAGUAUCCCGAGGAUGGCUCCCUGUGCCAGCUCCACACCGAGGAGACGGAGAAGUGUGCCGUAAACGACGAGUGCUCACCCAGCAGCUGUGUGGUGACUGAAUGGGGCGAGUGGGAUCCCUGUAGCGUCACCUGUGGGUUUGGCAUGAGAAGGCGUGAACGUAUGGUGAAGAUGCCGCCCAUCGAUGGCUCCAUGUGCAAAACCGACGUGGCCGAAGUAGAAAAAUGCAUGAUGCCAGAAUGCUACGCUAUACCAUGCAUGCUGUCGCCGUGGUCUGACUGGAGUGAGUGCAGCGUGACUUGUGGGCGGGGCAUACGAACCCGCCAGAGGAUGCUGAAGUCCGACCCUGCAGAGUGCACUGAGGAGCUGGAGCAGACGGAGAAGUGCAUGCUGCCCGAGUGCCCCGUUGACUGCAUGGUGUCCGAGUGGUCUGAGUGGGCAGAGUGCAACAAAUCCUGUGGGAAAGGACACACCAUCCGGACCCGCAUGAUCAAACUGGAGCCCCAGUUUGGAGGCAGCACCUGUCCCGAGACCAUCCAGAGGAAGAAAUGCAAAAUCAGGAAGUGUCGGAUGAAAACGAAGGAGGAGAGAGGAGGGGGAAAUAGGAGACGACGGGGUAAACAGGGAAGAGACGCUGCAGUGGAUCAACAACCAGAUUGCAGGAUGCAGCCAUGGACCAUCUGGACGGACUGUACCAAACCAUGUGGAGGGGGGAUCCAGCAGAGGUUCAUGUUUGUGAAGAAAAGAGAAAAAAAUGCAGCGUUGACCAACUGUAAGGACAGGAAGGAGAUACGUGCCUGCAACGUUCAUCCCUGCUAGGGGGCGCUACUGAACCAGAUCAGGAAAAAGGGUUUAAUAUCUGACUGAAGAUGAUAUUGAUUAAUUUGGUAAAGAUGAUCAUGUGGUUCAGGUGUUGUGUACAUGGCAGGCGAUGAUUACUGUGGCGCCAAGUGAAGAAGCUGAGCUGAUUAGUGAAGCAGUUGUAGAUAUGUAGUUGACAGGGUUCGGGAUACAUUAGAACCAAAAGAAAAUAUUAGAGUUACUGUAUAAAUGACACCACGUGUGUAAUGACUAAAAGCCACUUUCCCUAUU